AGGUGACCAGAGACCACCCUGCUGGCUUGCCUUCCUAUGGCGUUUCCAGGUCGGGGUUGCAGGGGUUGCAGAACCUUGGGGGAAAAACCGAAAAAACGGCCGCGUGGCUGCCAAGUUCGCGGACUGUUGGGCUGCCUCGUAGUUGUUCACCUCCUGCCGUCCUUUGACAGCUCAAGCACCCUCACCGGGUGCUGUUGCAAGAUAGCCUUUGAGCCCCCCGUGCAAAUCGCACGGGUUUCGAUACCGAUCCUACAUGUCAACGGGCAAACCCGAGAACGUUACACCUGGAGCUCCACCGAAGAAGUGGGCGCGCCAUCUUCUGGUGCUGCUGGGCAUCGUUUUGCUGGUCUUCGUCUUUGACUCCUUGGUCUUUGGCUCGGUUCCACUGAGCCUGAAGCAGUUCCAGUGGAGCGCCUGCGACUUGGUCAUCAGCUUCCUCCUGGGCGCGUGCGCGCUGCAGGCAUACCUCCUCAAACGAAAGUCGCCAGAGGCCAGGACAGAGAAAGAGGAGAAGGAGAACGGCAAUGGGAAGCCGCCGGCCAAAACGAUGAGCAACAUCAACAGGGAGCUGGACCGAGUGUCGCAGCAGGGGGCGAAGCAGGUGGAGGCCGUCCUCCGCAAGUUUGAGGGUGUGCCAGGGGCCCUGGAUGCCUUGAGCUACAAUCUGGUGAUCCGCGCGCACGCCAAGGAGGGCAACCACAAGCGAGCCGGGGAGUGGAUCAUGCGCAUGGAGGAGCGGGGCAUCAAGGCCACGGUCUGCAGCUACAACACCCAGCUGGACGCCUGCGCCAAGGCGCAGAACGCCGAGGCCUGCGAGCGCUGGCUGCAGCGCAUGCUGGACCAGGACCUCCAGCCCAACGUCAUCAGCUUCGCGACGGUGAUCCACGUCUUCGCGCGGCGCGGGGAUGCCGAAAGGGCGCGGAGGUGGCAGCAGCGGAUGGUGGCCAUGGGCGUGGAGCCGGACACGGUGAGCUACAACUCCCUGAUCCACGCCUGCGGCGUGAAGGGCAACCUUGAGGAGGCGGAGGCGUGGAUGGAGGAGAUGCAGCAGAAGGGGCUGGAGCCCAGUGUCACCACCUUCGGCGCUCUGAUCGACGCCGCGGCGAAGGCUGGGGACUUGGACAAGGCGGAGCUCUGGAUGCGAGACAUGCUGCGCCGAGGCAUCGAGCCCUCGGUGGUGUCCUUCGGCGCGGUGAUGAACGCCUGCGCCAAGGCCAGCAGCUUGGAGCGGGCGGAGUUCUGGCACCAGGAGAUGAUCGAGGCCAAGGUGAAGCCCAAUGUGAGAUGCUACGGUGCCAUCAUCAACGCUUGCGCAAAGGUGGGCCAGGCCGAGCGGGCGGAGAAGUGGCUGCUGCAGCUGGAGGCCAGUGGCCUGCGGGGCGACGCCAUCGUCUACAGCUCCGUGAUCGACGCCUGCGGCAAGGCCGGUGACUGCGAGAAGGCGCUGGAGGUCUUCAAGCGCAUGCGCUCCAGGGGCGUUUCACCCCACGGCGUGACCUACGCGUCGCUGGCCAAGCCCUUUGCCUACCGGGGUCACUGGGAGGUGGUUGAGGAGCUGGGCGCCAACAUGCAAGAGCAGGGCCUUGCGCCCAACGAGUACCUGGUGUACAUGCAGCUGCUGGCCUAUGGACUGGCAAAGCCGCGGCAAGACGCCAGGGCGGAGACAUGCUUCCGGCAGGCGAAGAAGGAGGGGAUGGUGCUGAACAAGCACCUCUUCACAGGUCUGCAGAAGGCGGUGGGCCGAACUCGCGCCAAAGAGCUCUUGGAGGAGCUCCAGGGCCACGCUUAGCCGUGG